GAUAAUGAAGAAAAAGAACGGAGACGGUAGGAAGAUGGAGGAAGGGGUGGUUACUGGUGAAAGGUUGCUCUUGGCGGUGUUAAUGCUCUGCCAGAUUCACUCGUUGUAGGGGACGCCCCUUCGAUUUCUUGUCACUCAAGCCGCUACGUUCAAUAAAGCAAACACAAGGGGGGAAAAAAGAAUAUCUUUGUGAGCUUCGGAGGAAGGAGACAUGCACUGGUUCUGGAUUUCAGCAUAACCCAUUUCUUCUUCGUCGUUAAUUUACUUCGUUUUCGAGUGAUAAUUGCAACAACUAUCGGGUAGUGGUAGGUAUACUAGAUUGAGUCAUGGCAGCUGAUGAUAGAAAAAGCUGCAACCGAAUCCAGAUUUCCAGUCUCAUGUUAUUUUGAAGGUACAGGGAAUUACUAUUGAGUUUUUAACAGAAAUCUUCUGCCUUCAAGAGUUUGAGCUUGAAAAUGGGAGUUCUACCUCAACAACGUCAUAAUACAAAGCCAUUGAGUUUCCAGUUUCAAGAUCAGGAUUCAUCUUCUACUCAAUCAACUGGUGAAUCUUAUCCUGAAGUUGGUUCUGGUCAAUCAGGUUAUAUUUCUAUCCAGUGUAGCCAUUCUUCUGCACAUUCAAAAUGUAGCGCAAGUGUAGGAGGUCUCAUCAAAUCAUCGUUGGGGAGUCAGAGUUUUUGUUUUCCUCCUUUCCCAGUGGUCCAUAACCAAUCAAUUGCUCAUAUUGCACUUCGCUAUGCUGAACCGUGCUUUGAUGGUGUACUUGCUGCAUUUGUGCCACAGUCCAAGCUUCAUCAGGCCCAACUCAUGGGAUUAACUUCUGUUCGAGUUCCUCUUCCUUUUGAUCUGACAGAAGAACCUAUAUAUGUGAAUGCAAAGCAGUACCAUGCUAUUCUGAGGCGUAGACAGUAUCGUGCCAAACUCGAGGCACAAAACAAGCUCAUCAAAGCUCGGAAACCAUAUCUUCACGAGUCCCGGCAUCUGCAUGCAUUAAGGAGGGCUAGAGGUUCGGGUGGUCGCUUUCUCAACAGCAGACAACUCCAGGAAGCAAACUUCAAAACAGAGAGUCGCGGCCUGAAAGUCUCAGAUGCUACUAUGUUGAACCUAGGUGGCAAUAUGUCAGAAUCCAAAGUUCAUCCUGAUGCAGAAAACUACAGAGAUGGUCCAUGCCCCACCGGUUCUGACAUCACAAGUGCAUCUAAUAGUGAUGGCAUCUUCCAGCGACGUGAGUCCAGUUUCAGGCUCUCUAGUUACCCUGCUCACAUUGGAUGGAACAUGCAAGGCUACUCGGCUGGUCCUGGCACUGCUGGCAGCGGCGGUAAUCAGCAGCAUGUGUCUGUUCUCAUGUGACAGGCACAUGUCCUGCACAUCAUAGCAGUUAUUCUUCAGCUCUAAGGCAUCAUUCAGUCGGAGAAGAUGAAGAUGGAAGCUGCUUGUGUUCCCAAUGGGAAGUCAUCCUUGGCUCAUUUACGUAUGAUAUAUAUAUAUAUAGUGUGUUCAUGUCAACUGUCCAGGAACAGUGAUAUGAACAUCUUAUUUGCUGUAUUAUGUUUGAUUGGGCCAUUUAAAGUGUAUGGCCGAAAUAGGACAUCUGGGGAAUUAUACUGACUUGUGAAAUACGCCUUGUGUGUUUGAGGAUUGAUGAUGUUGUGCUGAUUUUUGGUUUGAAUGAGUGGCCUUUAUUUGCUGUUGUU